AUAGCUACCUAUGUAUAUUCUAUCAGGGUUAGGUACCUACUCAUUUUCUUCUACUCCUCUAAAAUAAAGCUAAAACUGUUUUAAUAAAAUGUUUGAUAAGGAAAGGAUAUUCAUUAGUAAUUAGUUAAUAUGAGUACAGUAGUAAUAAUUAUCUUCUGACGAAGGGAUACUAUUACUCUUAUCUAAAUCAGGUUAUAAAAACAAAAUGAAAUUGUACUGCCUGAGUAGCGACGCGGCGAAGCCGUGCUUCGUGCUGUCGUUCAAAGAGUUGUUGAUAAUGCUGGAUUGUGGGCUGUCGGCACACUCGGUGCUGAACUUCCUCCCGCUGCCGCCCGUGCCCAGCACGAGGCUCGCUUCUCUGCCCAACUACACGCCGCCGCAUCUCAAUGACCCUCUGCUAGAAGGGGAAUUAAAAGAAUGUUGUGGACGUGUGUUUGUGGACAGUAUACCGGAAUUCUGCCCACCUUUGGAUAAGGUGGUUGAUUUCUCCCAGUUGGAUGUGAUUCUCAUCUCUAACUACACUUGUAUGAUGGCACUACCAUUCAUCACAGAGGACACCGGCUUCAAAGGGCAGGUUUAUGCCACUGAACCCACCUUGCAAAUUGGCAGGUUCUAUUUGGAGGAGUUGGCGUCGUGGGUGUCAGGCGCGGGCGGAGGCGGCGGCGGGCGCGCGCGGCGCUGGAAGGAGCUGCUGCACGUGCUGCCGCCGCCGCUGGCGCUGGCCGCGCGCCCGCGCGCCUGGCGACGGCUGUUCGCGCCCGCCUGCGUCGCCCGCGCCCUCGCCCGCGUGCGCGUGGUCGGCUACGACGAGCGCGUCGACAUCUACGGCGCGCUCGACGCCACCGCCGUCUCCUCGGGCUUCUGUCUCGGCUCCGCCAACUGGGUACUGCGCUCCGCACACGAGAAGGUGGCGUACGUGAGCGGCUCGAGCACUCUCACGACGCACCCGCGGCCGAUCAACCAGACGGCGCUGCGCGGCGCGGACCUGCUGAUCCUGGCGGCGCUGACGCAGACGCCGGCGCACAACCCCGACCACAUGCUGGGCGACCUCUGCGUGCACGCGACCGUGACGCUGCGCGCGGGCGGCUGCGUGCUGUGCCCCGUGUACCCCAGCGGCGUGCUGUACGACCUGCUGGAGUGCCUGUCGGCGCACCUGGACGGCGCGGGGCUGGCGCAUGUGCCGCUCUACGUGGUGUCGCCCGUGGCCGACUCCUCGCUCGCCUACAGCAACAUCCUGGCAGAAUGGGUGUCGGCGGGCAAGCAGGCGCGCGUGUACCUGCCCGAGGAGCCCUUCCCGCACGCGGCGCUGGCGCGCGCCGGCCGCCUCAAGCACGCCAAGGCGCUGCACGACGACGCCUUCAGCGCUGAUUUCAGACAGCCGUGUGUGGUGUUCUGCGGACACCCGAGCCUGCGGUUCGGCGCGGCCGUGCACCUCGUGGAGCUGUGGGCGUCCAACCCCGCACACGCAAUCAUCUUCACAGAGCCGGACUUCCCGUACACGGAGGCUCUGGCGCCAUUCCAGCCGCUGAGCAUGAAGGCGUUCCACUGCCCCAUCGACACGUCGCUGAACUACUCGCAGGCCACCAAGCUGGUGCGCGAGCUGCGGCCGCGCGCGCUGGCGCUGCCGGAGCAGUAUGCGCCGCCCGCCGCGCCGCGCGCCUCGCCGCUGCAGAUCGACGUGCCCACGGUGGUGGUGCGGCGCGGCUCAGCGCGCUCGGUGGGCCCGCGACGCCGCUGCGCGCGCGGCGCACUCAGCGCGGAGCUGGCGGCGCGCGCGAGCCCCGCCGACCUGCGCCCGGGGCUGCGCGCGGCGCCGCUCGCCGCCGCGCUGCGUCUGCGCGACUCCCGUCUCGAGCUGCAGCCGCCCCCGCGCGCGCAGCACGACUCCGACAGCUCCCAACCUACACUUCAUUGGGGUGCGCUCGACGUAGACGCGUUAGUCCGAGCACUAGCACGCGAAGGCAUCACCGAAGUGCGAGUGGAGCGCGGCGGCGGCGGGGCGGCGGGCGGGGCGGGCGGGGCGGGCGGGGCGGGCGGGGCGGAGGAGGGCUGCAUCGUGCACUUGCCGCGUCACGACACGCUGGUGCACGUGGAGCGCCACGCCACGCACGUGUUCUGCGAGGGCCGCGGCGACGUGCGCCAGGCGCUGCGUCGGGCGAUCACUGCUUGUUUGCAACACAUUUGAUGUCAUGGAGGAUGCCAAUUAUUAUUAGCAUUUGUAAUUAACUAAAAAAGUCCAUUAAAAAUUAUAAUAUAAAAUAAUAUUGUUUGUGG